AUGCCAGAGGUUGAUGCAUUGGAUUCGAGUCUUGCCAUAACACCAAAUGGCAACUCGGCUGGUCAGAGUCCACCGCGUGAGCUCAAUGUCCCAAUGAGAGACGUGUCCCGGAAAUCCUCCAACACUCACAAAGCUCGACAAGCCAAACAAAACCCCAGCGCAACCUUGCAAAAUCGUGGUGGACUCACCGUCGACGCUUAUGUAAAUGACGCAAGUAGCAUAUCCAACCGCGGCAAGCCCAACUUCCAACUUCUCACCCACAACUCUUCCUCGCAACCCCAAAAAAAACCCUCGGACGCACCGCCAACAACCAUGAGGUGCCACAUCUCCCACGUAGCCCUCGUGGUCAAAGACUACGACGAAGCCAUAUCCUUCUACAGCAAGCUACACUUCACCCUGGUGGAGGACAGGUUCGUCCCCGCCCAGUCCAAACGCUGGGUCACCAUGCGCCCUCCCGGCGCGGGCCCCGACGCCGCCACCAUUGUCCUGCAGAAGGCCAACACGGAGGAGCAGCUCGCCGCCGUGGGGAACCAGUCCGGCGGCCGGGUCUUUCUGUUCCUCGAGACGGACGACUUUGACAGGGACUACAGGAGCAUGAGCCAGGCGGGCGUGGAGUGGGUGCGGGAGCCGGUCGUGCAGGAGUAUGGAAAGGUGGGCGUUUGGAGGGAUCUGUAUGGCAACCAGUGGGAUUUGAUCGAGCGGAACAAAUAA